GCCCAAGUCCAGUCCUAGGGAGCGGCUGAUUGUUGUAACAAAUCAAUCCGUUUCACUAUUGUCUGGAUGAAUGGCCUUUGAUCACCUGAGAAUGAGGUAAUAUUCACGCCUCGUUAUGUUAAUAGACCCUUAUUAUACGCUAAUGGAGUUAUAUGAACCUAUAUUGAAUGAAUACUUGCAGAAUAGAUCAAUUAAAACCUUAAAUGCGGUCAAACUGACAAGCAUUCACGUUGUGGUUUUUGAAGUUCUCUUAACGGGACGUAUGAUUGAUAAUGAAACUUGAAGCUACCGCGAACUUUAAUAGAGCGGUCAAAAAAUGCGGUUAGAGUAAAAUCAGUUACGCUGUUAGUUCGGUGUACCUAUUCGUCCGUUACUAGGGACUGGUUUCAGCCUGGCUCCCGCAUUCCCGCUCGAUCUCGUUUUCAUGUUCCUGUUACGCUUACACCAUGCAAGGAUGACUGCUUUCCAGUUAGCAUAACACUCGUUGCGGCAUCUAUAUCGUUCUUCCUAAAAGUCUUUCUCCCUCUCUCUCAAAAGGGUGUCUAUUGCAGGGGUUGACAUCUGUCGGGCGCCAGUCAAUUGAUGAACUGUCGGGCGUCAGGACCGAGUGGAGCUCUAGGCGUCAUGCGUAUCAUAUUUUGAGAGAUGGCAUGUAGGCUACACGCGAUUACUUUUUCGGUCUGAGGAUGACGUUUCAACCCAUAUGUUUUUCUCUCGUUGGUUACAGAAAUUACUAAGCUUAAUAUUGGACUACGACUGAAAACAAUGUAGUGUUGUCACUGUAUAAGUGUCGGCUUAUCCCUUUCUGUAAAGCAAAAAAGUAAGAGUUUGUCGUCCUCUACAAUGGACUCACCGUACCAGUUCCCCAGCGCCAACUUGAGUUCGGGCGAGGGAGAGGAUACGCACCCAGUCUGCACAAACUGGAAGGAAAAUCCGGAGGGGUCCGUGUUUUACCUGGCCAAUAUUUUCUUAGUUUUGGGCUUCAUGGGAGGCAGCGGGUUCUAUGGGCUACUUUACCUGUUUUUCUUCCUGGCGCUCGGGUUCUUCUGCUCCUCAAUCUGGGCUUGGUCGGACGCCUGUACCACGGACACGUUCUCGUGGAAUUUUGUCCUUUUUGUGGUCUGCGUGGUGCAGAUCGUGCACGUCGCCUAUCGGCUUCGGAGCGUCACGUUCGAUAAGGAACUUCAAGAUCUCUAUGGCUACAUGUUCAAACGGCUGGGAGUAUCCCUCACACAGUACGGCAAGAUCGUGGCUUGCACCGAUGGGGAAAUUCACACCAUCGAGAAGGAUCACUACUUUGCCAUGGAAGGAAAAACUGCAAUUGAUAAACUUUCUGUGCUUCUGUCAGGAAGAAUUCGAGUGACGGUAAACGGGGACUUUUUACACAACAUUUAUCCGUUCCAGUUCAUAGACUCUCCUGAGUGGGAUUCUCUCCGACCGUCUGAGGAUGGUGUUUUUCAGGUGACAUUACGUGCCGACAACCCCUGUCGAUAUGUUGCUUGGAGACGCAAGAAGCUAUAUCUGCUCUUCGCCAAACAUCGCUAUAUUGCGAAGGUUUUCGCCCUUCUUGUCAGGAAUGACAUCGCGGACAAACUGUUUUCACUCAACGACAAGGCUUUCGACAACCGCGGGUUCAGAUAUGAUCUCCGGUUACCCAGUUUUUGCCAUGUGCCGGGGCCUGAAUUAGAUCAGGCCGGGUUAUUUCUGAGUGUCCCGGACCACCAAGGGGAGCACAGCCGAAGCACCCCGAUACCGACCACUACCUGAUUAGUCCACUAGGCCGUGGUCUUCCAUACUGUUUUAGUGUUUUGUCCUGGUAUAAUAAUUUUUUGUUCGCAUCGUCUUGACGUCAGUCAGACAAAAAUGUUUCACGUAUCUAUUUGUUUCCUCCGGAAUGUAUACGUUUGGAUUCGCAACAUGAACCGAAAAUGAAUACAUGUGCUAUUAGUGAGACUGCAAGAUUCACAUUUAAUAUGGAAAGUAGGCUAUCCGUGUUUUCCGCAAAAUGUCUAAGAACUGAGCUCGAUUAAUUGAACUAUCCCAAAUAGUUAUGGUCCUUCCUAGCUGGGGUACAAAUUCCUGAGGUCUGCAUUCGGUAUGAGACCAGGUCCAGUGUUAUUUAUUCAUAUACCCCCUGGACACGAACAGUUUGCAGUAGCUACUUAUUUGCACUAGGACCUGAGUAUGAACGUGUCAGCCUGUGUCAUCGCUGUGAGCGACCUAUAAUGAAACCCCAAUAGAGGUGUGACCCGAGUCAGUUUAAAUUUAGUACACUGCAGUCUGUCACAAGCGCGGUGACUUUAUUUAGCAACUGGUGGCGUGUUCGUGUCACAACUGGAAUGCGCGCUCAUGUUUGGGGAUCCCGCACUUCCGGUGUCAAAAUAAGCUUGUCAAGUCUAGUGAAAGCAAAGAUGAACUGAAGGACAGUCCCUCCAGCAUGGUUAGAAAGUGCUUUCAAAAUACUCAGAUUGUUGAGUAGGUGUGUAGGCUACUGUCUAAUAAAUGCAGACUAGUAUUUAUUUUAAGAUUGCUUUCUUAUUCUCCAAGUGUUGACCUUGUUACUAUCUGUAAUUCAAUCACUUUGAUCUGUUUACCCUCACAAAAACUGUUUCACGUCUAUGGGUUAUAUUUAGAACUCAGUUUGCCGUUUUGGUUUAAGAAAAAGAUACAACUUUUUUUCUGGAAAAUGUGUAACCCAUUAAUGAACAUGUAUUUGACUGACAGAUGUUUCAUUUAGUGAUUGUUGACUGAUUUUGGAAUUUGCACCUAUGAUUACUUAAUUCGGGCGGUACUGUGCAGUAUGCCUAGGCCUACUUUUUUAGAUAGGCUACCUUUUUAGGACCUUAAGCUCUUUUCACCAUCCAGUAAAUUCGUGUUUUAACGUGUAUCAUUUUUAAACUGUUAAUUAUCUUUGAGUUAGCAUAGAUACCUUUGUGGUCCUCUGUGUCUUUCUUAGCUUUAUAUAGCAUUAAUUUUCUUCGCCGUUAAGCCUGCUUAGCAAAACGAAUGGCAAGCGAGACUAAUGGAUUUACAGGAUGAACUUGCAGUGCUACCUUCGUUAUUCGGCGCUGUCCGCGGUGCUGAUUUCUGGAGACGUGCACCUGCACGUGUGCUGUAUUGAACAUUUCAUCAAAUGGACUGCAUUUAUAUAGCGCUUUUAUCCAAAGCGCUUUACAAUUGAUGCCUCUCAUUCGCCAGAGCAGUUAGGGGUUAGGUGUCCUGCUCAAGGACACUUCGACAUGCCCAGGGCGGGGUUUGAACCGGCAAUCCUCCGACUGCCAGACAAUCGGUCUUACCUCCUGAGCUAUGUCGCCCCCAACAUAGCUCACCAGAUGCCGGAGACGAAAAUAACCUCUGCAUGUUGUUAUUUUCUCCCUAUCAGCGUGCAGUGAUCUGUGCUGUGUGUUUCCAGAUGUGGCUCCAUGGCUUCACUUUGUAAGAAAGUGUUCCGGAAACUUUUUUUUUCUCCCCAUACCAACAUGACUUUGCUUUCAAACCCAGAUAAUUGGCAUAGGUGAAGUGAAUACUCUGCAUACUCUGCAUUUGUCAAAACACGAUUAGUAAACGUCGUCCUCGUGUAAAGGAGCCAUUGACGUAAUCGUUUGACAAAUUACUUGCUGCACACGUAUUGUUACAAACAUUGAUUCAGUUUGCCUACACCAGGUUAUUUAAUUUUGACUUCAUAAGAGUACAUUAUCAGAGACUUUAGACGUUAGACUGAUCAAAACAUCCAGCCGGGCCUAAGUGCAUCUUAGGUAUACUAGUAAGCUGCACUUAGGCCCGGCUGUAUGUGUUGAUCAGUCGAACGUCUUAUCUUACUCUGUCAUACGUUAAUACCGACUGAGACCUUAAGUACUUACUUUUACGGCACAGUUUCACUGUGCCCCCGCUAACCAUAUCCCUGGUAGGCCUAGCUACAGCAUCCUUUAACCAUACUGUACUAUAUUUAAUUGAGUACUACAGUACGUGCCUGAAUUCAUGAGUGACUGACUUACUUGAACUCAGAAUUGAAUGUCUUUAUAGCGAUAUUUGAUUUUUAUUAUUUAUUUUAUUAUGUUUACCAUGAAUGUAUGUGAAUAAAUUUGUCUUAUACAUGCA